AUGGUUCGAAAAAUCAGUGCCCUCGUGUGUUGUCUCUGCGUUUUUGGUAUUUCAUCGAGCGACAGCGCAAUUUCAGCGGAAAAAGAAACAAGAUGCCGCAACCCACCCACAGCUCCACAGAAGAUUGAACGCGUCAUCACACUUUGUCAGGACGAAAUUAAACUGUCCAUACUCAGAGAGGCGCUGGACGUGAUAAAGGAGGAGCACACAAUGCCAGCACAGAGGCGGCGUAACAAGCGCGAAGUGCCGUUUACCCACGAUGAGAAGAGAAUAGCUGGGUGCCUAUUGCAGUGCGUUUACCGGAAAGUGAAAGCGGUGGACGGCUAUGGAUUCCCAACGCUGGAGGGUCUCGUGGGACUGUACUCGGAGGGCGUUAACGAACGCGGUUACUUUAUGGCAGUACUCGAGGCGUCGCGCGAAUGUCUCAUGAGGAACCAUGAUAAGUUCUCCAGGACCGUGCCAAUGGAUAACGGUCGCAAUUGCGACGUCUCUUUCGACAUUUUCGAGUGCAUAUCGGACCGCAUCGGCGAGUACUGCGGCAAUUCUGUACUCUGA